AUGCACACCACGCUGCUUGGCAUCCUGGGGCUGGCCCUGCUCGUGGCACUGCACGCGCAGGACAGCGUUCCCGUGCAAACCGACUUCCAGGAGGACAAGCUCACGGGGAGGUGGUACAGCAUCGGCCUGGCCUCCAACUCCAACUGGUUCAAGGAGAAGAAGCACCUGAUGAAGAUGUGCACCACGGUCAUCUCCGCCACCGCAGAUGGGAACCUGGAAGUCACCUCCACCUACCCCAAGGGUGACCAGUGUGAGAAGAGGAACAGCCUUUACACCAAGACAGAGCAGCCGGGGCGGUUCAGCUACACCAGCCCGCGCUGGGGCAGCAAGCAUGACAUCCGUGUGGUGGAAACCAACUACGAGGAGUACGCCUUGGUGGCCACCCAGAUCUCCAAGAGCACUGGCUCCUCCACCAUGGUGCUGCUCUACAGCCGGACGAAGGAACUCAGUCCCGAGCGCUUGGAGAGGUUCACCCAGUUCUCCAGGGAGCAGGGCCUGACGGAUGAAGAGAUCCUCAUCCUGCCCCGGACAGACAAAUGCAUGGCAGACGCUGCCUAG